CUUUUAAGAGAAGGCAAGAAUGAAAGGUGUGCCAUGUGUUCCUGUAUGGUGUAAUGCUAUCAGUUUGUAAUGCUAAUUAUUCGCGCACGCGCACCCCAAAUCCGUCCACCGUCCGAAACAAAAGCAUCAGCGCUGCCACUCACGCGUGAAAUGCUAUAAAACUGCAUAAUUCCAUCAUUGGACACAUCACUCGCCACCAUGCAGCACAAGCUCCUCUGCCUUGUCGUCGUUGUCGCUCUGGUCUUCAUCCACGUUGAAGCUGGUCUGGAUCCAGACAAUAGUAUGGAACUGAAACGUCUUGAUGAUGACGAAGAAAAUGAACUGGAAAGUGAAAAACAUACGAAUCUGGGAGAUCAUGACGAGGAAAAUGAACAGGAUAUUGAAAAAACCGAAGACAUAAAUGAAGAUAUGGAUCCCGCGCUAUCUGCUAGUAAUGAGGAAAUUGAACAAGAAAUUAACACUCAAAAUUGGGGUAACGACAUAGAGCAAAACAAACGUGAACACGAACCACCUAUAAACACAAAUAGGGGCCUAGAUUUCGAACCAAUGAAGCCAGACGUAGCAAAACAGAGAGGUCUAAAAUGCGUUCCUGGCCGCACCGUGGUGCGUAUGGAAAGGAAACAAGUGAAUCAAAAAGUCGAUGACGAUGAUGAUUAUAGAAGAACCCACAUGAAUUGGCAAGAAGACAAGACGAAAGAAGACUGCAAAAUAUGCACCUGCUCGAUCGAAGGGAAGGAUGAGUACUGUUCAGGAAGGCCGGCCAGAAAUCUAAACGAGUGUCUAGUGCUGGCAAGAUUAUCCGAAGAACUGGGCAGUAAUAUGCCGUUCAGUCAUGAGAGGGAGCUGUCAAAUAUGAUAAGGAGAUAUGGUGCUCAAAAAGGACAAAGACGGCCUUCUUGUAUUCCAUAUGUCUCUGAAUAUUCCGACUGCAGUGAAUACACUACAUGCCGUGGUUGCAAUCAAUGCCGUUGUAGCUCGGAAGGCGAGUGGGUGUGUUAUAAGAAGAAAAAUACGUGCACUGAAGAUAGUGAGUUGGAAAUUUUUGAAGAUGGUACCGAAGAUAAUGUUGUUGGGACUAUCUUACAAGAAUUGGCGCAUCAAGAGAGAGACGACAGAUCAAAGAAACGCCCGACACAUCUUGCACCCCUACCAGAAAAGAGGCAGAGAGCGACAGAAUCACCAGUUUUAGACUUUGACCCCGAGAACGCAAUGAAGGAGUUACAAGAGAUAAUGCGUGGAAAACGCUCGUUGAAAGAACUUAAUGAAACAGACAGACCUAUUCAAUUCCAUCACACAAUUGACGAAAUAAAUGAAGAUACAUUGAAGAACUCCAACAUAACUGGAACCCUUGGUGUGAGAAAAGUCGAUCCUGCCGUGAAAGCCAGCCGAAGAUCCGGUCUGUUUGUUAAUUCAACCAGUGAUCCCCUUCAUAUAGAGUAUAACCAUCCAACAAUAUACAAUAAUCACAUUACAGAUAACAAAAUUGAAACGUCUCAUAAUGCUGACCAAGACGUUGCUCUGGCCAACGAGAAAAUGCACAAUAUUGUGAAUUAUACCCAAAACGUUAAAGAUAAAGAACUAUCUAAAAUUGUAGUAAACGAAUUGAAAAAAGGAGAAGAAACUAUAGGUGAUCCAAAAGCACCGGUAGCGUCUAAUAUUACGUUCACCCCUGAAAAAGAUACUCUAACAGCAAUGGCGUACAUUGCCGGUAAUCUAUUGAAUAAGCUAUGGAAUUUGGAGAGAGAUUCAACUGAUGAUUCAAUAGAAACAGAUAAUAUGAAAAAUCAGAAAAUUGCCGAUUUGCUUGAUUUAUUUAAAGAACCGUUGACUUAUAGACAGGAAGUAUUCUUAAAAGAUGCUUUGGAACAUUUAUCAGAAGCAGUUCAUAAGAAUAAAGAUAAUAAACAUUUUUCACUGUGUGAAACUGUAGAUGAAAUGAAAAAAGAUAUUGUAGGCGAUGACAAAAUACAAGAAGUCAAAAAAGAAGAAAAAAAGCUGAGCAAGAAUCUUAAAAGUGCAGAUAAUGCUUUGUCAAAAUUAAUUGAAGUUCUUGAUUUGAUAAAAAAAUACGAAGUCGUACAAACAAAUCUUCAAAGCAUAAAGCAUCCAAAAGAUAUAUCAACUCUCUCUACUGAAACACCGUAUUUACGUACAGAUAAAAAUGAUAGUAGUUCACUUAACCUGUUUGGUAAUAUUUUGGAAAAAAUUACCAAUUUACUUAUGCCAAAUAAUAAAAGGAUGAAAAAUAAAAUAAGAAAUCAAAAUAUCUUAAGGAACGCUCAUAAUUUGGAAGAAGAUGUUAAGAAAACAUUUAAUAUUAAUGUAGAUGGAAUGAAACUUACAGCUGCAGAUAAACUAAUUAUGGAUUAUAUAAAUAGACUACAGUCAAACCCAUGUCCAUUGUCAAAUCAGCAGGAAGAUAAGUCAAUUCGAAAUAAGCAAAGCGACAUAUUACUUAAUUUAUCUGAGUUUUUUAAAAUAAAAUCUUACUCCGAUCUUAUGAACAUUGUUGACCCAAAACUACAAAAAACUUCAACUCAACCAACCCCAACGACGGUAAAAUAUCUGGAGAGUCGAAGAACGUCAGAAAAUAACACAAGUACGGAUAUCGAGAACAAUAAUACGUUAAGUUUAAAUGAUAAACUUAAACUUCACCUAAAGGCCAUAGUCAAUGACCUAAUUGAAUUACAAAACGAAAAAGGAAAAAAUAUAAAAUCAGGAGAUUUUAAUAUCACUGAUGCAUUGCCUUGUAUUUUAAAAAUUAUAAACCAAGAAAAAAAUCAACUUAAAGGAACUAAGUAUUAUACACAGAGUGCAUUAUUAAAUAAAAUUAAAAGUGUUUUAGAAGCAGUUAAAAAAGAUAUUAGAGAAAUGCCUCAAAGUCGCAGGAGUAUGAAUACUGGUCCAAGGCCUAAAUCAGUCGUAGUUUGGGAGCGUGUAGUUAAAAAUUUAGAUCAAAAUCCUCAAUCAAGCAGAAGAUUUUUCAAAAUUGUCAAACCUCAAUCGUAUGAAGUAGUGAAGAAAAUGAUAGAUAAUGUGGAAUCAAAUAGCUCUAACACGUAUAAAUCUGUAGCGCUAAGUAAAGAUAUACCAGCAGCUGAUAAGUUAUUGUUUUUAAAGACUUUAUCAAUGGAGACUAUUAAUUAUGCGGCCAUAAUAGGAAAGUUGCUUGUAUUGAAUCGUGAAAAGAAGUUACCGGAAAAAGAUCUAGACGACCUUUUUGAAUUUGUUGAUACUGCAACCACAAAUUUGGAUUUAAACACAAAAGUCGUAAGAGAUCUCGAUAAGCCCAAGCAAAAAAGAUUCAAUGUUCUGCCUAACAACAAACAAGCUUCAAAAACUAAUAAAAUGUCUGAUAUUAAUGAUAGCUUUAAAUUAAACAGCGAACUUACAAUUACUCAACUGAUUACAAAUAGAGUUAAGCAAUAUAUGAAAAUGAAGGAAUCUGAAAAGGCUACUGAAGAUAUGGGAUAUAACAUAGCUCAAAGAAUCCUAUCAAAUUUAGAAAGAGGAAGUGAGAGAUUAGCUCGGGAACUCUACAAAAUUUUAAUUGAAACCAGUCAACGAGAAAAGAGUGCACCAGGUAAAUAUAUCAAUCAUAAUUUACGUCAAUUUGAACAAUGAAAGGAUACCCAAGACCUAACCAAUCAGUAAAACUUUUUAGUAUUAAGUAUUGAAUUUAAGUUGCAUAUCAUACUUGUAUGAUUAAUGAAGACUUACCAUGCAGAAAUAUAUAGUUUAAAAAGAAUAGUUAUUUGUUUUACAAUGGGGCACAGUUGUUGUUUUAGCCCUCGUGCUAAUAUUGAUACUUGAGCAGGCGAAACAUUUAAAAUUGAACCACAAGUAUAGCGAGUGGUUCGAAAAGUGAAAUCUUGUGGUAGCGAGGGUUUCAAGGCACGAAGGUUAAGCGAACUUUGCUCCCGAGUGAAACAACAUUUUGACCACACCUACACGAGGAAAAUACAGCAUUUAUCAUUCAAAAUCAUCACUUAAACGCCAAUAGGGAGAAUCACAUCACAUAAACCAUAGAGUAACUUAUACAAACUAUGCCUUAAACAGUUUUUUGACAAACAGUUUUUACUAUGACAUUGAUGCAUCAAAGCGAUUUCGGAUUUUUCGGUAUCUGCCCUCUUUAUCGCUGGAAUAUGCAAGAGUGAUAGAGAGGCAGAUAACGAAAUUUAGAUUUACUUGUUUCGUGGUAAGCCCUCAGAAUGUGGCAGUGGCGCCCUCUACGCAGAGUUUUGCGUAAUAUCCCUAAUUCAUACAGCCAACAUAAGGAAACAACUCAAUAUACCUAUUCAUCAUAUUACGUUGCUAUUCUUGUGGAUAACAUGCAACUUUCUCAUUCGUUUUGGAAGAAUAAUGAGAGCCAAUAUUCGAAAUACACGCAGUGUGUCCUGCCAAGUUCGAAGAAAAAGCCGUGCGAUAUUGCAGUUUCAAUGAUCUCAGACCUACUAAAUAAGACUUAUACUUUAUACUGAGUAUUAUUUUGUUUUCAGUAUCGAAACCAGUCAUGAGGAGUCGUAUAUCAGUUAGCAAACGACCUCUUCGUCUAGAGGAUCCAUCGAAUAAGCAAUGGGCUACAGAAGACCUGUUUCUCAAAACAUUAGAAUCAGCUUGGGCAAAUGUACAAACCGCUUAAAACAUUAAAAAAUAAUUUUGUAUUGUAGCCUUAUAGUUAAAUUAAUUUAUAUUUUUGUACAUUUUUAGAUGAAAUGGAUGUAAUAAAAAAACAUACUCAUAA